AUGUUCAGACUAAGUUCGGACUUAGUUCACACUAAGCUAAAAGAUGAAAAUGGGGAAGACGUGGCAAAAAUUUCCUGUACAACUGAGAUCCAAACAGCGUUCAUUCUCUCCUCCAUUUUAACCUUCUUCAGUGGACUCAUCAUCCUGUUGAUCUUCAGGCUGAUCUGGAGAGCUGCUAAAAAACGGCAAAUCAACAAGGCAACAGGGAUUAUCUUGGAACUGUUUACAUCAGGUAGGAUCGAUAAGGACCCUAUAAGAAGCCUCCGCUUGAAGGGACAAUUUCGUGAUCGUAUAGAAAUGUUACUUUCGGCCCAGACCUUUGUAGGGCAAGUGUUGAUGAUCCUUGUCUUUGUACUAAGCAUCGGGUCUCUUAUAAUCUAUUUCAUCAAUUCUACUGACCCUGUUAGAAGCUGUUCGUCAUACGAAGACACAACCAUCCCUAUUGAUUUGACUUUCAAUGCUUUCUUUAGUUUCUAUUUUGGAUUAAGAUUUAUGGCAGCUGAUGACAAGAUCAAGUUCUGGCUAGAGAUGAAUUCGAUGGUAGACAUCUUUACUAUCCCACCAGCCUUUAUUUCUUAUUAUUUGAAGAGCAAUUGGCUAGGUUUAAGGUUCCUAAGAGCAUUGCGGCUGCUGGAACUCCCUCAAAUCUUGCAAAUUCUACGAGUCACCAAGACCAGUAACUCAGUGAAGUUUUCCAAACUGUUGUCAGUAAUUCUCAGUACCUGUUUCACAGCUGCAGGAUUCAUUCACCUGGUGGAAAAUUUUGGUGAUCCCUGGCUCAAAGGUAGAAAUUCACAGACUAUAUCAUAUUUUGAAUCAAUUUACCUGGUCAUGAUGACAACAUCAACCGUUGGCUUUGGAGAUGUGGUACCCAAGACAUCCUUAGGACGGACCUUCAUAAUGUUCUUUACCCUGGGGAGUUUGAUAUUAUUUGCGAACUUUAUACCUGAAAUGGUGGAACUGUUUGCCAAUAAGAGGAAAUACACCAGUUCCUAUAAAGCACUCAAAGGAAAGAAGUUCAUUGUGGUCUGUGGAAACAUCACGGUGGACAGUGUGACUGCUUUCCUGAGGAAUUUCCUCCGCCACAAGUCAGGAGAAAUCAACACCGAAAUUGUUUUCCUGGGAGAGACCCCUCCUUCUUUGGAACUUGAAACCAUAUUUAAAUGCUACUUGGCCUACACAACGUUCAUUUCUGGAUCUGCAAUGAAGUGGGAGGAUCUGAGGCGAGUUGUGGUGGAAUCUGCAGAGGCAUGCCUGAUCAUAGCCAACCCUUUGUGCAGUGAUUCCCAUGCUGAAGAUAUUUCCAACAUUAUGAGGGUGCUCUCGAUCAAGAACUAUUUCCCUACCAGCAGAGUCAUCAUACAGAUACUUCAAUCCCAUAACAAGGUCUAUCUGCCAGUGAUUCCCAGCUGGAACUGGAACGCUGGAGACAACAUCAUCUGCUUUGCUGAAUUAAAGCUUGGAUUCCUCGCCCAAGGCUGUUUGGUGCCAGGCUUGUGUACCCUCCUUACGUCUCUAUUUGUGGAGCAAAACAAAAAGGUUUCUCCUAAACAGACCUGGCAGAAACAUUUCUUGAAUGGCAUGAAGAACAAAAUUCUGACCCAACGUCUCUCUGAUGACUUUGUUGGAAUGAGUUUUCCUGAAGUUGCCCAGCUCUGCUUUCUGAAGAUGCACCUCCUGUUGAUAGCCAUUGAAUACAAGUCCCUCUUCAAAGAUGGUUUCUGUGGUCUGAUACUAAAUCCACCUGCACAAGUUAAGAUACACAGGAACACAUUAGGGUUCUUUAUUGCUGAAACUCCAAAGGAAGUCAAAAGAGCCUUGUUUUACUGUGCGGUCUGUCACGAUGAUGUGCUUAUUCCUGAGCGAAUUACAAACUGUGGCUGCAAAAGCAAAAACCAGAAGCACAUCCCAGUGCCAUCGGUAAAGUUAGUGAAACGUUGCAUCAUGGGCUUCUCCUCUCGUAUAGCACCGCAGGAUUCUCUUCCAAGGGAAGGUGCAAACAUACCAAGCAUCAGUGCAUUCCUAACGAGGACCCUUCUACAAGAAGCAGAACAAGAUUUUGACCAGCUGGAUAGCAGUGGCAUGUUUCACUGGUGCAAAACAAUCCCUUUGGACAACGUGAUUCUGAAACGAACUGACAAGUUGAAACACGAGUUUCAGAACCACAUUGUAGCAUGUGUAUUUGGAGAUGCCCAUUCAGCCCUGGUGGGGCUUCGGAACUUUGUAAUGCCCUUGAGAGCCAGCAACUACACCCGGCAGGAGCUGAAGGACAUAGUGUUCAUUGGGUCUCUGGACUAUCUACAGAGAGAAUGGCGAUUUCUCCGGAAUUUUCCCCAGAUAUAUAUUCUGCCUGGAUCUGCACUUUAUCCUGGAGACCUCCAUGCGGCCAACAUAGAGCAAUGUUCCAUGUGCGUUGUCUUGUCCCCUCCAUCCAAGUCAUCAAGCAGCCAGACUCCGGUAGACUCAGAAACCAUCAUGGCAACCCUCAUCAUCAGAUCCUUGCGAGCUGACUCCUCCUCUGACCCGUCACUUGCAAUGCCAGAGAAUACUCCAGGUUACACAAGAUCUAAUGAGAAAUCAAACUGCCAAAGAGUCCCUAUCCUCACUGAAUUAAAAAAUCCUUCCAACAUUCACUUUAUUGAACAGCUUGGUGGACUGGAAAGGUCUCUCCAAGAAACAAACCUGCAUCUCAGCACUGCCUUUUCUACAGGCGCUGUUUUUUCCGGCAGCUUCUUGGAUUCUCUCCUGGCCACGGCCUUCUACAAUUAUCAUGUCCUGGAAUUGCUUCAGAUGCUGGUGACAGGAGGAAGAAGUUCUCAGCUGGAACAACAUUUAGAUAAGGAUAAGGUCUACGAUCUGUCAGAUAGCUGCACGACGCUCUUGUCUGGAAGAAAGCGGUGUAAGCUGGGGCUUCUGUCUUUACACCAAACCAUCUUAUCAGACGUUCAACCAAGAAACAACUUUGGACAACUGUUCUGUGGCUCGUUAGAUCUUUUUGGAAUCCUCUGUGUUGGGUUAUACAGAGUAAUUGAUGAAGAGGACAUCAACCCGGAAAACAAAAGGGGAGUGUUUGUGAUUAUCCGGCCAGCCAAUGAGUUCGAGUUGCUGCCCUCAGAUCUUGUGUUUUGUGCCAUACCCUUCAGCACUGCUUGUUAUAAAAGGAAUGAAGAGACUUCAUUGCAAAAGUCAAAUGAAAUUGUAAAUAAUGCACCACAGACAACAGAGACAUAUUCAGACACAAAUUUUCCUCCUACCAUUGAUCCAGGUGAUGAGACAUUGUAUUUACCAGUCUAUUCUUAUGAGUCUAGAAGUAACUCUCGUUUUGCUAAGCAAACAUCUUGGGAUCAGAGUAGAACACAGAGUGUUACAUCAUCCCAGAUGCUUUUAGGUGACAAUGCAAAAGAAAAUGGAAGGCAAACCUCAGACAAGGAGGUUUAUGAUGAGGAUUCCUCUGUAUACUCAGAGCCACACUAGACCUGCCCAUAUUCUUCAUGUGCUCUUCACUUGCUCCUUACAAAUCAUCCUCUGAAAUGGUAACUUUGAACAAGGAAAGUAAAAAUGGAAGCAUGCCAUUUUUGUGCCCAUUGCUUAGUGGUUCAUGAAGGCCACACUGUUUCAAAUGAGACAAAAGUCUAAUCCUACUGGAUCUUGUGUGAUAAAUAAAGAAAUAUAUGAUAAAUGCCUCUGUAAGGAAGUUCAUUGCUCCGUUGCCUUUGAGCAGAAAUCAUGUAAACCUGAGCUGUGUUUAAGAAGUCCUCCAGUACUUGCCAGAUUUCCCAGGUCAGGAAAUACAAGUAAUCAAGAUGAAAAUGAGAAUUACUCAGACAUAGGAAAGAAGAAGUAAACAGCCACCCAACCCCAAUCAAGAAUCUUACAUUUUUUAAUCCCAGAACAGGCAAAUAGUAAAUGUAUAUAUUUCCCUCUUUCCCUCCCUAUCAUACUUUUUGUUAUUUCAUUGUAUUUUUAUUUAAUUUCAUUUUUACAGGAGGUGAGAUUAGGAGAUGUGAUUGGAAUUGGAAAACAAUUUGACUGUAAGACUUCCCCUGGAAGUCUUAUAGGCAUAUGCCUGAAACACAGUAGAGAUUUCAUAAAAAAUGAAUGUUAGCGUAUCCUGGGAUCUGGUGCCUAAGUAAAAUAAGAUAGAGUAAAGCAUUUCCAAAUUCUUUGAUUCAAGAAUAGAGACAUCAUUGCAUAAAAGGUCUGAAACAUUUCCCCAUUUCAUGUUCCAAAGCCAACCAAUCCACUGCUUUAUAAAACUUACAAUUAAGUCAUUUCACCUAGAGGUUGCUCUGUUAACAUUGUAAACAAAAGUUCAGCACAUCUAGGAUGUAUCUGUUCUUAAUCGGCUGUCUUAUAAUAAUGAACUUUGUAAGCAAGCUCCUUGCAUUAUCAAUACAACACAGGUAGGAGGACAGUGGGGAUGGGGGGAAAGAAAGAAAAUAAUUAACCAUUCCUCAUAAAUUGUUUCAUAUAACAUUUAUAUAUCCUUUACAUUUUUAACAAUAUCUUUGCCAAUUUGGUAUUAUUGCUUCUGUUUUACAAAGCAAGAGAAUAUGUCACAAAUUGUGUUGCCAGAUGAAAUAAACAUACCAAGUUAAAUAUGAA